CCUUACUCAUGACAAUUCCCCCCGGCGCUCUUUCCUUCUUGUUUCUAAACAGCUUAUCUUAGGCACGCGUGAACUUUAAAAGUGCCUAGUUCAGCCAAUUGGAUCUCUCUCAAUCCUAUCUAGAUACGAUAGAAGGUACGAUUCUAAGGAGCGCAGUUGUUGCCUGGCCGUCGCUCCCCGCCGUCCUUUACCUUUGCACAAACCACCCAACUAUUUAUUUUUCGACAUUAUUCCCCAGACAGGCAAGAGAAACAUUCUUUUUACAACUAACGAGGGCACACCCUAUCAAGCCACAGAGGUAGCCUGCAGAGUCGGCACACACAAUACGGUGCGACUUUUCAUUUGAUCUCGUCCUCCGCAUCUUGUACCGACUUCUAAGGAUCUACUCGGCCUUCUUUUUCGUGUCUUGCCCUGCCUUGCCCUGUCUCCCGAUCAACAACAUCGUCAAACCUUUGAUCAAACGGUCUAACCUCCUAAAAUCAUCCCUCUCACUUACUGUUAACUAUCUUUGACUUUGCCUAGCCUGUUGGAAUUGGCUUCCAUUCCCUCACUAGGCUCUUUUAAUCAGUUAUCUUCUGUGUACCUGAUCUAACCGACGCGACUGCCUGUCGCUUGAUCGAGACAAGAUGCCGAACAUCGAUGGAUUUAUCGAUGGAGUGAUGAACAAGGUGGCAUCUGUUGAUGAUUACAUCAAUAGAUCAACUUUUGGUCGCGUCUUUCGCCUGGAUGGAUCUGGUCACCCCCAAACCGUCCGUGGUUCGUCUUUCUUUCGAGAGAUCCGUGCCGGCUUGACUACCUUCGCAACUAUGGCAUACAUUGUUGCUGUCAAUGCUGCUGUUCUUGCAGACUCCGGAGGCAUGUGUCAGUGCCCAGAGGGAUCUGAACCUGGCUGCCCUGGCGACUUUGAGUACGCCAAUUGCCAGACAGUUCUGAAGCGGGAUCUGAUUACCGCUACGGCGGCCCUCUCUGGCCUUUCCAGCAUCGUGUUCGGAUUCCUUACGAACCUUCCUGUUUCUCUCGGACCAGGUAUGGGCCUUAACGCCUAUUUCACCUACCAAGUCGUCGGUUGGCACGGCACAGGCAUGGUCCCUUACAAGGUCGCUCUUCUUGCCAUCUUUGUGGAAGGAUGGAUCUUUGUCUUCCUAGCUCUGACCGGAAUGCGACAGUGGCUGGUUCGAAUGAUCCCGGCUACCAUCAAGACGGCCUGUGGCGUCGGCAUCGGCUUGUUCCUUACCGAGAUCGGAUUGUCCUAUUCUGCAGGUAUCGGUGCCAUCACGGGCGGAUUCUCUACUCCUCUCACAAUUGGAGGAUGCCCUGCCGAGUAUCUCAACGACAAGGGAGAGUGCUCUAGCCACAUCAUGACGAAUCCUGGGAUGUGGAUUGGCAUCUUUAUCGGCGGCAUCUUCGUUGCGUUUCUGAUGGCCUUUAAGGUCAAGAGCGCCAUUGUCAUCGGUAUUGGAAUCGUGUCAAUCAUGUCUUGGCCCCGCAACACCUCUUUCACUUACUUCCCUUACACAGAGGCUGGCGAGGAACGGUUCCAGUUUUUCAAACAGGUCAUCGCAUUCCACCCGAUCAAGACUGUCUUGAAUGCCCAGGACUGGGGUCUCGAGGGCGCUGCCGGAGCCCAAUUUGCCUUGGCUCUCGUUACCUUCCUCUACGUCGACAUUAUUGACUGUACUGCGACCCUGUACUCGAUGGCCAAGUUCUGCGGUGUUGUGGGAGAGGAUGGCGACUUUCCCCGCUCGACCCUUGCGUAUUGCACUGAUGCAGUCAUGAUUUCAAUUGGUUCCCUCUUUGGUUGUUCGCCUGUUACCGCCUUCAUCGAGAGCGGUGCAGGAAUUGCAGAAGGUGGUCGUACCGGAUUGACUGCAAUUUCAGCUGGUGUUUGCUUCCUCGUCUGUUUGUUCUUUGCCCCGAUUCUGGCCUCUGUUCCGCCCUGGGCUACGGGAUCAACCUUGGUUUUGGUCGGUUGUCUAAUGAUCCGCCAAGUCAUCAAUAUCAACUGGCAGUACAUUGGUGACGCUGUCCCGUCUUUUGUCACCCUGGCCUUCAUGCCCUUCAGCUACAGCGUCGCCUAUGGUCUAAUUGCGGGUAUGCUGGUCUACGUCGUCCUGAACAGCAUGAUCUUCUUUAUCGUAUGGGUCACUAAAGGCAGAGUCAUCCCGUCAAACUGGCACGAGAAGGAGGUGUAUGAUUGGGGACUAGGAGCCAGAGAUAUCCCUAGCUGGAUGAAGCGUGUUGCCGGAAAGGUCAUGCCAGGCCGCUUUCAAUUCGAGACUAACAGUCAGAAGGGUGACGUGGAGCUGGUGGACAACGACAGCGUUAUGAACGCCGCCACUGAGACCAGCUCACGAGGCCAUUCGGAUGAAGAAAAUAAGGAUGUACACGUCAUGCAGAGCAACCCUCAGCAUCGUAUUCGACACCGCGAGCACGACCUUCCCUCGCUCAACUAGACGAGCAAAGCAGCAAGGAAGCCAGUUGUAUAUGCCUGUUGCAGGCAUACAUUCUCUAAUUUUGGAAUGCUUUGAGACACUAAUACGCACGAGUGAGGGAUUGGCGUAAGUGGAGGAUGAGGAUCACGCAGAUAAUGGCAAGCAAAGGACGAAAAAGGACGGAAAAGGACAAGGUGAGAUGGUUGGCAAGAUGCUUUCUGAGAUGUCUACGGAAAUUGACCAGGAUCCUUUUCCCCAAGGCGUAUAUAAUUGUGAAGUAAAAGGAGGGAAAGGGGAAAAAUGAAUGUACUGGCAGGAUCUCUUGCUUAGCUUUACAACGACAGAGCAAAGAUAAAAACAGGCAUAGCUUUGUAGCAAUGCAGAGAAAGGAUAUUCAUGAAAAAAAA